AUGGAAGACCAACCUCCGAGGUACUCCAUGCUGGAGGCCGCUGGCUGGUCGAAUGAUUCAUGGUUUCGGAAUGGAGGCAAGGUCAACGACGAUAGUCACAUUCAGGUCGACCUUGACUCCAAGGUCUGUAAAACUGUCGCAAAGCUGAUUUCGAUUUCGCACGAGGAGCAGAGACCUGCGUCAUUCCCGGAUUAUACAGAGCCUGUCACAUGUGAUGUUCAGUUAAACAUUGUUAUCCAGGUCGUUGGCAGUCGAGGGGAUGUCCAGCCCUUUAUUGCGUUGGGUAAUGAGCUUCAACUCUAUGGCCAUCGUGUAAGACUGGCGACUCACCCAGUGUUCGAAUCCUUCGUUCUUCAAUCUGGUUUAGAAUUUUAUCCUAUUGGAAGUGACCCGUCGGAGAUUAUGGCCUAUAUGGUCAAGAAUCCGGGCUUGAUACCUCAAAUGAAAAGUUUGCGAAGCGGCGAGAUCCAACGCAGGCGGGCCAUAGUAGCCGAAAUGCUACAAGGUUGUUGGGAUUCAUGCAUCAGUGAUGAUCCAGUCAGCCAAGCCCCUUUCGUCGCUGACGCUAUCAUCGCCAACCCGCCCAGCUUUGCGCACAUUCACUGUGUGCAGGCCUUUGUCCAUCCCCUUACACCUGAUGUUCAUUAUGCCAUGGAACUUGGUGAUGUGAUUAAUGAAUGGGGAUCCUCGCUCAGUUUGGAGCCUGUACCAGGGACUGAAGGGCCAUGUUUGGCUGAGACUCUGAAAGUGCCCUUCACUUACUAUGUCUGUGGUUUCUUCUUUCGUAUACUCCCAGACUAUGCACCGCCCCCUGGUCUCGAUUCAUUUAUUCGAAACGGUAGCCCUCCAGUGUACAUUGGCUUCGGCAGCAUUGUAAUCGAAGAUCCGGUUACUAUGACGAAUAUGAUUCUCCAAGCUGUCAAGUCACUUGGUAUUCGCGCAAUCAUAUCUCGUGGUUGGAGUAACAUUGGAGAGGCUUCAUCCGAUGAUCAGGCUUUCUAUCUUGGGGACUGCCCGCACAAAUGGCUAUUUCAACACGUCACCGCCGUUGUUCAUCAUGGAGAUGCAGGGACCACGGCAUGUGGCCUACGUUUUGGGAGAACUACAGCUAUCAUCCCAUUCUUUGGAGAUCAACUUUUCUGGGGCAACUUGGUUGCGUCCUGUGGGCUUGAGCCUCGGCCUAUUCACUAUCGGUCUCUGACAUCACAGAAUUUGGUUGAGGCUAUUCAAUUCUGUCUGCGACCUGAAGCGCAGUCUGCAGCUCAUGAUGUCGCAUGCCGAAUGACUCACGGAAAUGGCGUUGCCGCGGCAGUUGCCUCGUUUCAUCGUAAUCUACCGGUGAAUGACAUGCGAUGCGCUGCUUUUCCCUCAGAACCCGCUGUGUGGCAGUUCAAGAAAUUUUCCAAGCCCCCAAUUCAUUUGUCCAAAGUUGCCGCCGAGAUUCUAAUCGAACAUCAUCGUUUAAAAUAUAGUGAUCUUCAGCCUUACCUUGUCAACCUAAUUUUCAUUCAGAAUCAGCGAUGGGAUCCAGUCACGGACACACCUUCCUCGUUGAUAGGCACCGACACCGACAUGAUGAAAGCGACAGGUGAUAUUGUUUACAAACCAUAUCAGGAAUUUCGUCGUGUCCCCAAAGGUCAACGUGAGCAUGCCGUUCCAUCUCCGUCUGGGUCUCGAUCCUCUAGCAUUGCUUCUUCAAUAGACGCAUCUUCUCUUCCUGCUUCCAAUGUGAAGAAAGCUUCGAGACUUAGAACUACAGGCGAAGCAAUGGAGGGGUCUACAAAAAGCUUAGGAAAGGUUGUUGGCUACUGGUAUAAAGGCGUGCUCAUAGACAUGCCUUUAGCAGUGAUUCAGGAUUGGAAAUCUGGAGCUACUUUUGCAGGGAAGAACUUUGUUCAUGGGAUGACAGACGGCUUCAGCGACAUCUUCACUCGGCCUUACAAAGGUGGUCAAGAAGAGGGAGCAAAGGGUGUAAUCAAGGGGACUCUCGGCAUGACGACCAAAUUUUCAUCUGCCGCAUUGGGCUUGGUGGCCUAUCAUGCCCACGGAAUUAUGAAGAGCCUGUAUACUGCAACACACUCCAAACCGCGGAAACGUAUUCUCGAGGCGCGAAUUCAAGAAGGAAAGUACCUGGCGGAACACUCAGACAAGGGUAGGAAAUACUACCAACCCAUCAUUAGCAACUUUGAGGCUGCCUACCGCAAGACUGUCGAGAAGACUGUCAAUUCUACCAGCUCAUCAUUAAACUGA